AGUGCCAGAGAGUGUGACAGGCGCGGUAUCACCCUCCGUAGCGACUUCAGAAGAAGCAAUGAACAAGCACUGAGACGGACUUAACUCAUAUAACCGUCCUGUAUGUAAGGCUGUUUCAUGUUAAAGAUGUUUUCAUACUGAGAAUCACCCGUAAGCUUUCCAUUAAAUUUUGAGGAUGUACGGUGUAGUGCCGUUGGCGAAUGCGGCCUUGCUGAUGCCUCGGACUCAAGUAAGUUUUUGAUCUGACCUUGGGCGGCUCACAUCGGGCAAGAUUUUGGUGGAAUCGCGUACGUGUAACUUAAAGAAACGGAAAAGAGCACCCGUGCCUUCUUAGAACCGCGUCUAUGACCGUCUGCUUCAACCGUAUAGAGACAUGCACCAAACGUCUAGAAAGGACUUUAUAUCUCUGACUGUCACUGAAACCGGCAGUUAUACGAAUGGCAAGCAAUGGCGAAGACAGUCUUGCUGGAGGAAAUGGAAGCAGCUGUCCAGGCUUCAGCGCAGUCUUUGCCUCUUUGCUUUACUGCUGUUCUCGAUUGGUGGACUCGCCACAUAUCCCAGCCUAUCAGAACACUGGAAAGCAUUGUCAAAUAAAGCAUUUACAGAGAACUGGGAGGAUUUGAAACAGAAAGAUGCUUUUGCUGAUCCACAAAGAUCAUUCCGGCACGUUCUUCCUGAGCCCCCUUCAGAGCAGAAGAAAUCAUCCCAUAAGAGGGGACCUCCUGCCUUGCAGAACCGAUUUCAGAGAAAGGAAAACGGGUCAGAACUCCUCAGUGAACAAAAGCAAGGGACAGAACUGAAGAACGCGGACGCAGACGGAGGCAAACCGGUCGUUAGUUGGCGUGGGGCUGUGAUCGAGAGGGACCAGGACAGCGUGUCGAACGUCAAGGAGAAAGAAAAGCCCCUUGCUCCAGUGGAGGCAGCCGAACAGAACCUGGUGGAAAACAGACUUGAGGCCGUGAGAGAGGCUUUCCGACAUGCCUGGAAGGGAUACAAAGACUUUGCCUGGGGUCACGAUGAACUCAAACCCAUCUCGAAGUCCUACGGAGAAUGGUUCGGAUUAGGCUUAACCUUGAUCGACGCGUUAGACACUAUGUGGAUCAUGGGUCUAAAAAAAGAGUUUGAAGAGGCUAAGAUCUGGGUGGCUAAAGAGCUCUCGUUUAAUAAAAACAUUGACGUUAACCUGUUUGAAAGCACCAUUCGCAUCCUCGGAGGUCUGCUUAGCUCUUACAACCUAACCGGAGACUCGCUCUUCUUGGAGAAAGCGAAAGAUCUGGGGUCCAGGUUGAUGCCCGCCUUCAACACGCCGUCUAAAAUCCCUUACUCCGACGUGAACAUCGGGAAAGGGACCGCCCACCCACCUCGCUGGACUUCGGACAGCACCGUGGCAGAGGUCACCAGCAUCCAGCUGGAGUUCCGAGAACUGAGCCGUCUCACGGGGGAUCCACAGUAUCAGCUGGCAGUGAAUGAGGUGAUGAGAAAGGUCCAUAAGUUGGGUGGAAAACACGAAGGGCUGGUGCCCAUGUUCAUCAACACCAACAGCGGGCUGUUCACGCACCAGGGUGUUUACACGCUGGGCGCCAGGGCCGACAGCUACUACGAAUACCUCCUCAAACAGUGGAUCCAGGGAGGCAAGAAAGAAACAGAGUUGUUGGAGGACUACCUCCAGGCUAUGGAAGGAGUGAAGAAUAACUUGUUGAAGAAAUCCUCUCCACUGGGUCUGACUUUUGUUGGGGAGCUCUCACACGGUCAAUUCAGUCCUAAAAUGGACCAUCUGGUCUGUUUUCUGCCCGGCACCUUGGCUUUGGGCGCCUACAACGGUUUGCCGGCGGAUCACAUGGACCUGGCCAAGCGGCUCAUGGAGACCUGCUACCAGAUGUACGUUCAGAUGGAUACGGGACUAAGCCCCGAGAUCGUCCACUUUAACACCCAUGUCUCCAGCGUCAAGGACGUGGACGUGAAGCCUGCAGACAGACACAACCUACUGCGCCCAGAGACUGUGGAGAGUCUCUUUUACCUGUACAGGUUUACAAAGGACAAGAAAUACCAGCAGUGGGGCUGGGAGAUCCUCCAGAACUUCAACAAGUACACCAGGGUUCCCUCGGGCGGUUAUACAUCCAUCAAUAACGUGUGCGAUCGGGAUUACCCCAGUCCCCGGGACAAGAUGGAGAGCUUCUUCCUGGGCGAGACUCUCAAGUACUUCUACCUGUUGUUCUCGGACGAGCCCGGUCUGAUCAGCCUAGACAAAUAUGUCUUCAACACUGAAGCUCACCCUUUGCCCAUAUGGCCAAACACACAGUGACCAUCAGGAAAAGGGGACUCGCACACGCGUGUAUACACAUGCACGCACACACACACGCACGCACACACACGCACCACUACAUGUCAAAUCUGUGUGCUCUUACACAACCAUAGCCAGUGUAUUCAGUCGCGUAAACACACUCAAAACAUACACACACCUAGUACAUACAUUCAAAUGUACAUACACAUGCGCACACACACACACACACACACACCCCUCUCAGGGCUUGGACCACUCAAAGACUACUUUUGUUUUGUCUUCUGUCUUUAUGGUUAAACUGCCAUGUCUCCUACCUACUCGGGGAAGAAUCUUAUUUUGUAUAUUUGGAAUACACUUGCUAGUGAAACGAUUGUAAUAACUUUGAACAUCAGAUCUCAGUGCGUAUGUGUCAUAGACAGCCUUUUGUAUUGGGAACAAUCGGGGGGUUUUUUUUGGUUCACCUGUUCAUAUCUUUUAUUGGUUUCUACUUAAUCGUAUCUGGUGUGGAAUACCAACGACUGGUAUAUAUUUAUAUACUCAACACACACACACCAAAAUGUUCGUAUGCUGGCUUCGUCUUUGAUGCUUUAAAAAACAAAAAUGUGUUUUUUCUUUUUCUUUUUUUCUUUUUUACCGUAAUUAAAAUGGCUGUAUUUGCACUUGUGUGAAAUGCUUAUCUGGCAUCUCCAGACUGCUGAUUGGGUGGAGGGGAUGACUGACAAAAGCCACAAUGUGUGGCUCUGAACCACAGCAACAGGGAGAGCGUGGACGGGCUUAACAGACUGCAGAAACAGACCUGUCAAUCAAACCUCCCAUCAAAGUGGUGAGCUUUUUGAAUAAUACCAGUGCUAGCUUGUGUGUUUUGAACUCUCUCCCUUUUUGCUAAAAUGGGGGGGGGGGGAGCAGACAUUGGAGGACCUUGGAGGAGAAGAAUCAGCUUGCGUACUGUGAAGCCUUUUCUAUUGAAACUGCGAGCACUUUGUUGCAAAAAUGAUGUUGUUUCUCAAAAUGUGUGCGUGUGUGUGU